AUGGUGUCUGAAAAUGUGAGUGAUGUGCUUCAAAGAAAGUUCCCACAAAAACUCAAGGAUCCGGGUAGUUUUUCUAUCAAUAUCACCAUUGGAGACAACCUAAUUGAAAAGGCUAUGCUUGACUUGGGGGCUAGCAUCAAUUUAAUGCCCUAUUCAGUGUGCCUUCAAUUAGGUUUGGGGGAUUUGAAGGCAACAACUAUUUCAUUGAAACUUGCUGAUCGAUCAGUGAAAUAUCCAAAAGUGUUGGACAUGGAAGAGGCUCCUAUACAUGAUCGUGAGUUACCUAUUUUGCUUGGGAGACCCUUUAUGGCCACGGCAAAGACUAUCAUAGAUGUGCAAAAUGGUCUCCUCACCAUGACCAUGCUAGGAGAAACUUUUUUGCUGGCACAAUCCAAUGAUCCAUUACAAUGUAUUUUGAGUCAAUCUCGAAAUGACUUUGAUGAAGAAUCUGCACUCAUGGAGAUGGUGGCUGCCUUGGAAGCAUUAAAACCAUAUCCCUCUACUCUUUCACCUCUUAUAGAGCCAUUAGAACCAUUUGCCACACAUCUAAUCCCUUUUGUUGUUAAACCUCCAAAACUUGAGCUUAAACCACUUCCAUCACAUCUAAAAUAUGCUUACCUAGCUAAGUUUGAAACUCUCCCAAUUAUCAUAGCAUCUGACCUCACCCCUUUGGAAGAAGAUAAGCUAAUUAGGGAGGGAGCGAAACCAACUCGUGAACCACAAAGAAGGCUCAAUCCACACAUGAAGGAAGUAGUGAGAGCUGAAGUGUUGAAGUUGCUAGAUGUGGGUAUCAUAUACCUGAUCUCUGAUAGCAAAUGGGUCAGCGCUGUUCAAGUAGUGCCUAAGAGGAUUGGAAUCACAAUGGUAAAAAAUGAGCACAAAGAGCUUGUUCAAACAAGACCUGCAGCUAGUUGGCGUUAUAAUCAAAUUGCGAUUGAUCCAGAAGAUCAAGAGAAGACUACAUUCACUUGUCCUUUUGGCACUUUUGCAUAUAGGAGGAUGCCUUUUGGCCUUUGCAAUGCCCCAACAACAUUCCAAAGAUGUGUUAUGCUGGGGCAUGUAAUAUUCAGCAAGGGUAUUGAAGUUGAAAAAGUAAAAAUUGACAUCAUCUCAAAUAUGGCAACCCCUACUUCAGUGAAGGAAGUGAGAAGCUUUCUAGGACAUGUUGGUUUUUAUUGUCGUUUCAUUAAGGAUUUUUCCAAGAUCAUUCAUCCAUUAUGCAAUCUUUUGGCCAAAGAUGAUGUAUUUCACUUUGAUAAAGAUUGUAUGAAUACAUUUAAUACCUUGAAACGUGAACUAACCUCUACUCCUAUCAUUAUGGCACCAGAUUGGUCUUUGCCUUUUGAGUUAUUGUGUGACGCCUCUGACUAUGCUAUUGGUGCUGUUUUAGGUCAAAAAAAGGAGUUGCUUGCUAUUGUUUUUGCUUUAGAGAAAUUUCGUUCUUAUCUUGUUGGCUCUAAAGUUAUUGUUUACUCUGAUCAUGCAACUCUUAGGUUUUUGUUGACCAAGAAAGAUGCUAAACCACGUUUGAUCAUAUGGUUACUCUUGUUACAAGAGUUUGACCUAGAAAUUCAAGACAAUAAAGGGAGUGAAAAUGUUGUUGCUGAUCACUUGUCACGCCUUGUUGAUGAAAACCAUGGAGAUGGACAAAUUUUGCCUCUCAACGAAUCAUUCCCGGAUGAACAACUCUUUGAGAGAAAGACGUUCUUUUCAAUGGUGAAACACUACAUGUGGGAUGAGCCCUAUUUGUUCAAGUGUUGCCCUGACCAAAUCAUUCGAAGAUGUGUUCCGAAGAGUAAGCAGCAAAGCAUACUAACAUUCAGUCAUGCAUUGGCAUGCAGAGGUUAUUUCAGUGCCAAAAAGAUAGCUUUAAAGUGUGAUAGGUGUCAAAAAAUGGGGAGCAUCAGUUGCAGGAAUGAAAUGCCGUUAAACAACAUUUUAGUGGUAAAGCUGUUUGAUGUGUGGGGAAUUGACUUCAUGAGACCAUUCCUAUCUUCUUUUGGAUACAUAUACAUACUAGUGGCAGCAGAUUAUGUAUCAAAAUGGGUUGAGGCAACAGCUACACGAACUAAUGAUCACAAAGUUGUUUUGAAUUUUCUCAAAGAUAUGAUUUUCACUAGGUUUGGAACUCCGAGAGCUAUCAUUAGGGAUGGUGGUAGCCACUUCUGCAACAAACCUUUCGAGGCAUUGAUGAAGAAGUUCAACAUCACACAUAAAGUGGCAACUCCAUACCAUCCUCAAACCUCUGGACAAGUGGAAAUCAUCAAUAGAGAGAUAAAGAACAUAUUGCUGAAAAUUGUCAGCCCUACAAGGAUUGGUCCCUAA